UUAGAAGAAAUCAAAAAAAAAAGCGCGGCCACAGCUGGAGGUUGUGGCGGCGGGUGGCUGUGGCCCCUUCAACAGCACGGCGCCUCGGGAUGGACUCCACCGCCUGCUUGAAGUCCUUGCUCCUGAGCAUCAGUCAGUACAAGGCCGUUAAGUCGGAGGCGAAUGCCACUCAGCUCCUGAGGCACUUGGAGGUAGUUUCUGGACAAAAGCUGACACGACUGUUUACAUCACACCAGAUAUUGCCAAGUGAAUGUUUGAGUUGCCUCGUAGAACUUCUUGAAGACCCAAACAUAAGCGCUUCACUGAUCCUAAGUAUUAUCAGUUUGCUGUCUCAACUGGCUGUAGAUACUGACACCAGAGACUGUCUUCAGAGUAUAUACAAUCUGAAUAGUGUGCUGGCAGGAGUGGUAUGUCGGAACAGCACUUGCCACAAUGAUUCAGUGUUUUUACAGUGCAUUCAGCUCCUGCAGAGGUUAACAUAUAAUGUCAAAUUUUUCCAUUCUGGUGCUCAUAUAGACGACUUAAUUACAUUCCUGAUUGGUCAUAUUCAGUCUUCUGAAGAUGAGUUAACAAUGCCUUGUCUAGGACUAUUGGCAAAUCUUUGUCGGCACAAUCUUUCUGUUCAAACACAAAUAAAAACUUUGAGUAAUGUGAAAUCCUUUUAUCGAACUCUCAUAGGCUUCCUAGCACACAGCAGUUUGACUGUGGUUGUGUUUGCACUUUCAAUAUUAUCCAGUUUGACGCUAAAUGAAGAAGUGGGGGAAAAGCUAUUUCAUGCUCGAAACAUUCAUCAGACUUUCCAACUAAUAUUUAACAUUCUCAUAAAUGGUGACGGUACCCUAACACGAAAGUACUCAGUCGACCUACUCAUGGAUCUCCUUAAAAAUCCUAAAAUUGCUGAUUAUCUUACCAGGUAUGAACACUUCUCUUCAUGUCUUAAUCAAGUACUAGGGCUUCUAAAUGCGAAAGACCCUGAUUCUUCUUCAAAGGUUUUAGAAUUACUUCUUGCAUUCUGUGCAGUGGCUCAGCUGCGCCAUGUGCUCAGUCAGAUGAUGUUUGAACAGUCUCCAUCUGGCAACAACAUUCUGGGAAGUCGUCCUAAGAGCUUAGAACCCACUGUGGCUCUACUUCGUUGGUUAAGCCAACCUUUGGAUGGAUCUGAAAACUGUUCUGUUUUAGUACUGGAGUUGUUCAAGGAAAUCUUUGAGGAUGUCAUUGAUACUGGUAACUGUUCCUCAACUGACCGUUUUGUGACCCUUCUGCUGCCUACAAUCCUUGAUCAGCUUCAAUUCACUGAACAAAAUCUUGAUGAGGCCCUAAUAAGAAAAAAAUGUGAAAAGAUGGUCAAAGCCAUUGAAAUUUUAUUAACUCUGUGUGGAGAUGACACUCUGAAAAUGCACAUUGUAAAAGUAUUGACUACUAUAAAGUGUACCACGCUGAUAGAACAACAGUUUACAUAUGGCAAGAUUGACCUGGGAUUUGGAACAAAGGUGGCAGAUUCUGAAUUGUGCAAACUUGCUGCUGACGUAAUUUUGAAGACUCUUAAUUUGAUGAACAAACUAAAACAAUUGGUUCCUGGUAUGGAAGUAAGCUUCUACAAAAUCCUUCAGGAUCCACGUUUGAUUACUCCUUUGGCUUUUGCUUUAACAUCAGAUAAUAGAGAACAAGUACAAUCUGGAUUGGGAAUAUUGCUGGAAGCUGCUCCACUGCCAGAUUUCCCUGCCUUAGUACUUGGAGAAAGUAUAGCAGCAAACAAUAUAUACAGACAGCAAGAAACUGAGCAUCUGCCCAGGAAAAUGUCUUUGCAGCCCUUAAAUCACUAUUUUCCAGCAUCAGCAAAGUGCUUAACACCACCUCUUUCAAAAGAUAAUGCUCCUUUGAACAUUGAGGAGCUAAUAGAAAAACUUCAGGCCGGAGUGAUGGUGAAGGAUCAAAUUAAUGAUAUAAGAAUAUCUGACAUAAUGGAUGUUUAUGAGAUGAAACUUUCCACACUGGCCUCGAAAGAGAGCAGGUUACAAGAUCUCCUGGAAGCAAAGGCCCUGGCUCUUGCACAGGCUGACAGACUGAUCGCUCAGUAUCGCUGUCAAAGAACUCAAGCAGAGACCGAGGCACGAACACUUGCGGGUAUGUUAAGAGAAGUUGAGAGAAAAAACGAAGAGCUUAGUGUGUUGCUGAAAUCACAACAGCUGGAAUCUGAAAGAGCCCAGAGUGAUAUUGAGCAUCUCUUUCAACAUAGUAGGAAGUUAGAGUCUGUGGCUGAAGAACAUGAAAUAUUGACAAAGUCCUACAUGGAACUUGUUCAAAGAAAUGAGACUACUGAAAAGAAGAAUACCGACUUACAGACUACUUGUGAGUCCCUGAAUAAACAGAUUGAGACAGUGAAAAAGUUGAAUGAAACACUCAAGCAACAAAAUGAAAAAACUAUUGCUCAGUUGAUGGAGAAAGAAGAACAGAGAAAAGAAGUCCAGAGCCAGUUAGUAGACAGAGAAUGUAAAUUAUCACAUUUGCAUAAAAAAGCAAAGUCCCAAGAAGAAAAGAUUAAUGUUUUACAAAAAGAAAAGGAAGAUAAGCAGGAAACCAUUGAUAUCCUUAGGAAAGAAUUAAGCAGAACAGAACAGAUAAGAAAAGAGUUGAGUAUUAAGGCUUCCUCCCUAGAAGUGCAGAAGGCUCAGUUAGAAGGUCGUUUGGAAGAGAAGGAGUCUUUGGUGAAACUUCAGCAGGACGAGUUGAACAAACAUUCUCACAUGAUAGCAAUGAUCCACAGUUUAAGUGGUGGAAAACUAAGCCCAGAAACUGUGAAUCUCAGUAUAUAAACAUUGUGGCUUUGGGGAAUUUGCAAAUGAGUACUUUUGAUGUAUUUAUAUAUUGGAGGUGGCAGUAAAUGGAGGAAAUUGUGACUCCAAAACAGUUAUCAUUUGCUUACUAUCUAUUAACUUAGUAAAAUUCCUAAUUUGAUACAUGUUUUAUUUGGCCUUUGAAAUAUUAAUUUUUAGAUUCUAUGAUUUGGUUUCUCUAAUGUUUGCUCUUACAUGUCUUGUGUAUUCUCAUUUAUGAUUAUAUUCAUGGAUUAUUUUAUAUCAACCAUGAGUCCAUUUUCAUAAAUGUGUAAACAUGUUUGAGUGGACACAUAGACUAUGAGUGCUACAAUGUCAUCUUUUGGGACUGUCAUAAUAAAUAUGGUCUGUCAUUGACUAAAAUGUCAUCAUCACAAAGUGAUAUAUUUGUUGAACUUUCUUGAUAGAACAGUUUUGAAGAUGAAUCAGUUAAGAUCAAUUGGUAAAAAAAGAAACUGAUACUAAGUUAAUUUCUCUCUAAAGUUAACACAAAAUAGUAGAUUGAAAGGAGUUUCUAUUACAGCAUUUAAAAUAAAAUAAUGUAAAGCCUAAACUCUGAAUUUGAAAACAAUGCAGUAGUUACCAGAAAUAAUGUUUAAAAAUUGGGAAGUGCCCAUUGUAUUAAAUGAUUACAUAGUCGCUUAAAAUUAAUGAUUUGUAGAAUUAUUUGCAGCUUUCUUCAGUUCUUUUGUUUGGCUUUUUUUAUUUUACUUUAUUUUUUUGUUCCUUGAGACAUCUCAUAUAGUAACCUAAGGUGUAUUUAACUCACUCUUCUGUUUUAUUUUUGCUGUUGUUUUUAGUUUUGUUGUUUGCUUUUUGAGACACAGUUUCUCUCUAAUCCAGGCUGAUCUUGAACUCACUAUAGAGCCCAUGCUGGUCUUAAUUCAUGGUGAUCUCCUGCGUUGGCCUCCAACAGACUGGAAUUACAAGUGUGAUCCACUAUAUCCAGCUGUGUUUUCUUUUUAAAACAUUAGGUAUAUUGAUGAACCCAUUCUCGCUUUCAAGGGUAAUUGGAUUUCUGUUCUAGCUACUGUCAGAAAUGUUAUUUCCUGUAGUAUACACAUUUAAUACAUAAAUAGCUUUUCAUUGAGCCAUUGACCUUUUUUUUUUUUUUUUUUUUUUUUUUUUUCUGGAGCUGAGGACCAAACCCAGGGCCUUGCGCUUGCUAGGCAAGUACUCUACCACUGAGCUAAAUCCCCAGCCCGAGCCAUUGACUUUUAAAGCAAAAGUUAAAUAUCCUUAUUUAGGUAUUUCAGUCACACAAGGGAUUUUUUUUAGCACUUUUCACUUGAAUAAAAUGUUGAGUGUGAUGUGCUUAAGAAAACAUUUUAGAUCAGUACUGUAGUUUCAGUUACAAUGGCAAACUUUUAUCUGAAAAAAUAGAAAUAGUGAUAUAUAAGUUUUAAAAUGCACACGAUUCUGAGUUGAUGAAAUCUUGUAUUUUCCUGCUCUAUUUUGGAUCAAGAAUAAUCUCUUUAUCCAUCAUGUCUCUACUGCAUAGUCUACCUGCAAUUUGGCUACUUACUAGUUAACUCAGUUAUCAAAUCAUGUUUUCAAGUAUUAUAAUGCUGUAUUCAACUAACCCUUGUUUUGUAGUACUUAAUAAUGGCUCCAAAACAUGCAAAAGCAGUCAGUUUGGAUGUAACUACUAUCUAUCAUAAUUAAAGGAAGUAGGAUAGGUAUAAUUAUAUUUUGAGAUCAAUACUAUAAUUAAAUAACUAAUUACAGCACCUUUUUAUAAUUACCAUUUUUAAUUAUUGUCGAUUGUUAUUUCCUUGAAGUACCUAAUUUAUAAAUUAAGCUUUGUAGCUAGGUAUAUUAGUGUAUGCCUUCAACUCUCUUACUUUUAAAACAGAGACAGGUGGAUCCUGAGUUCAAGGUCAUUUGAGCUGCACAGUGAAGUCUUAGUUUACAUACGGAUGAAACCAUAGGGUUUGGUAGAACAGGAAUUAGUUAAAUUUUAUAAUAUGUAUCAUAGGAAGAAUCAUAGUACAUAUAGAAUUCAGUACUAUCUCUGGUUCAGGGCAUCUAUGAGAGUUUUAGAGUAUUUCUUCAGGUGAAUGGGGACUGCUGUACUCCACUACAUUCCUAGUAGCCUUUCACAAAGUGCAGUCAUUUCCGUCUUUCCUCUCUGAAGGAAAAGCAUCUUUCAUCACUUUCUUUUGUUUCUUGUAGCACAUGUCUUAUCAUUCCUAUUGUUCUUUUCAACACUUAGUAUAUUGGGUACUUUUCUGCUUGUGAUUUUGUUUCUGAUUCUAUGUACCUCAGAUUUUAAAAGCCAAAGUUUAUAUUUAAGUAUUUUUUUUCUUUUCUAAAAAGGUUUUAGUUAGGUUCACACUAUUUUAUCAUAGUAGAGGAUUUAGAGAUGAUUGGUAUAUGUAUACCAUGUCUCAAGAAAAAAACAAACUUUAGAAAUUUAUCAGUAGUAUUAUUACUCAGAUCUGCUUAAAUUUCUUGGGGGAUAGGUUUUCUAAAAUACAUGCUAUCAUAUUUCCUUUUACUAUUUGUACUUACAACUUGCAUAAAUAAUGUUCUUUUGAUUGAUUAAAGUUUAUUCUAAGCUGUUCAUUAAUUUAAUAUGAGGAUACAAAGAUAGAAAGGUAAUGUAUCUUAGGAAAUCAGAUUUACGUUUUCUCUUCACAUGAUUUUGCCUAUAUAUUGUAGAGUCAAGUUUAAUGUUUUUGUGAGAUACCUGAGUGUGCAAACAAGGGUCUCUGCAUCUGCAUCAGUUUAAUUGUUCCUUUUCUUGGGCUCUUUUUCCUUCUGUUUGUUUUACCCUAUUCUGAUAUGUUAGGUUUUGUUCUAUCUUAUUUUGUAUUUUUAGAAGCUUAUUUGUUCUCUAAUGAGAGACAGGCAUGGAGAGGAUCUAGAUGAAAAGGGGAGGUAGGGAGAUUGGGAGGGAUAAAUAUAGUCAGGAUAUGGUAUAUGAGAAAAUUAUCUAUUUUCAAUAAAAGGAAAAAAAUUUGAUGUUGAA